GAACACUCGUGACACAAUCAUAACAAGCUUCCAACGCUUUUCAACAAUUGCAAAUCAAAAUCACAAUGUUUAAGCUUCUGUGCUUGUUCACCGUUGUCGGAGCCGUCUCCGCUAUGCCUCGUGUAUCGGAAUGGCCAGCACCAGGACAAGCCUCUACGGGAAAUGUUCUAAAGCGCGAUGUGCAGCAACCGUUCCAUCAAACAAUGCAGAACAAUCCACAAAACGCCAAGGAAGAAGGAGCGGCCGUUGCUGGUGAAGACGAUAUGGACAAGGCGGAGACGUUCGGGUUCGGUUAUCAUCAUUACUACUCGUAUCCAGCAUACUAUUACCCGAGCUAUUACUACGGAUACUAUCCAAGCUACUACUACGGAUACCACUGGUAGCUUGUAGUAGUGAGCGACAACAUUAUAACACAUAAUAAAUUAU